GCUUAAAUCUGAAAAAUAUUUAGAAGAUAUAUACAAGUGUCUAUUUGUUAGAUAGUGAAAACCGGUAAGAUUUUGGAGUGAAAAAGUUUAGAGAUGGUUACACUGCUUUUUUCUAAAGUUGCUUAAGAUUUUUGGAAUUGCUUCCCUUUCCCCACAAGAACAAAGCACUGGCUGGGCAUGGUGCCUCACGCCUGUAAUCUCAGCACUUUGGGAGGUCGAGGGGGGUGGAUCACCUGAGGUCAGGCGUUUGAGACCAGCCUGGCCAACAUGGCGAAACCCCUUCUCUACUACAGAUACAAAAAACUAGCUGCGCAUGGUGAUGGAUGCCUGUAAUCUCAGCUACUCAAGAGACUGAGGCAGGAGAAUCACUUGAACCCAGGAGGCGGACGGAGGCGGAAGUGAGCCAAUAUCAUGCCACUGCAUACAAGCCUGGGGGACACAGUGAGACUCCGUAAAGGAACAAAGCACUCAGCCCCACUUCCCAGUUGGGGAGCCCCCUGCAUAGGCUCACCCAUCCUGAGAAAGGCUGGCUUUUGCUGUGAUGUCCCUACUAGGCUAGGAAGGGGCUAUUGAAGGUGCUGGCUAGAGAUUGCUAGAGGUUGCUGAGGAGCGUGGUGACUUCCUGGCCAUUUAAUUGUGUUAGAUUCAUGGUGGAAUCAAUUUCCUUAAUGAACGAAUCGGCUGCUACCAGCACAGGUCCUUUGUCCAAAGCUCCUUGAGGAGGAUGACAUUUAGAUAUAUUGUCUGUAAUUGAUAGGCCAUCCCUAACUGGUGAUCAAUGGCUCAUAUUUUUUAAAAAAGACAGCUGAGGAUUCCAUCAGCAUUUUGAAGUGAGCUACCUCCACCAAAGCCCAGCUAACUUCAAACCUGCAAUAAUAACAAUCAGUUAAUAAUAGUCAUAAUUUCACUUUAGCUCUAUAUUAUGCUGUACUGUUUAUAAAGACUUUCUCGCAAAACCAACGAGAGAGCAUUUCCAAACGUACAAAGUAUUGUAAAAGUACAAACCGAAAUUAUUUCUGUAUUGUUACCAUUUCCACCUGAUCCUUAUGAGCUCCCAGUGAAGAAGGCAGGGCAGAUCUCAUUCCAUUUUUCAACUGAGAAGAUGAGCCAUUUCGGCAGAGUGGCAGUUUCUGUGUCAGAUGUACAUAGAGUUUCCAAGGUGGCUAGAUCCAUCAGAAACUGAAGCCGCGGAGAACGCUCUCAGGGGCCUUUGCCACUUCUUGGAGUAGAAGCCGACAGAGACCUGUUUGGAAACGUCUCCUUCACACACCAGUUGAAGACUAGGCUUUGGAGGUUUUCAAAGUAGACGGUGCUUGGAUGGGCGGGGAGAAGUAACAUUCUGCAAAUCGCCGUCAGAGGUCCUGAGGACACAGACCUACCUGGCUUGCCUUCCCCUUGCUGAAUGGCGUGUGCUGCAGCCGCCCACUGAGGGCUCUUUUCCCUGGGAUUCUGGACUUGCGAGUAGGACAGCAGGCUGGGAAGAUGCUGAGCUCCAUCAAGUGUGUGUUGGUGGGCGACUCCGCUGUGGGGAAAACCUCUCUGUUGGUGCGCUUCACCUCUGAGACCUUCCCGGAGGCCUACAAGCCCACGGUGUACGAGAACACCGGGGUGGACGUCUUCAUGGAUGGCAUCCAGAUCAGCCUGGGCCUCUGGGACACAGCCGGCAAUGAUGCUUUCAGAAGCAUCCGGCCCCUGUCCUACCAGCAGGCAGACGUGGUGCUGAUGUGCUACUCUGUGGCCAACCAUAACUCAUUCCUGAACUUGAAGAACAAGUGGAUUGGUGAAAUCAGGAGCAACUUGCCCUGUACCCCUGUGCUGGUGGUGGCCACCCAGACUGACCAGCGGGAGAUGGGGCCCCACAGGGCCUCCUGCAUCAAUGCCAUGGAAGGGAAGAAACUGGCCCAGGAUGUCAGAGCCAAGGGUUACCUGGAGUGCUCAGCCCUUAGCAACCGGGGGGUACAGCAGGUGUUUGAGUGCGCAGUCCGAACUGCCGUCAACCAGGCCAGGAGACGAAACAGAAGGAGACUCUUCUCCAUCAAUGAGUGCAAGAUCUUCUAAACCCCAAGAGACUUCACACAACACUUAUGUAUGCGCCCCAAAGACUAAUGGGGAGAGGGAGGGCCGGGAAGCCAGGUAAAGCUUGGUGUUUUCUCUGGGUACUCCCCAAGCAGUGUCUCCUUUUGGAUACAGUUAUUGAUGAGGCUUGGCCACUGGAUCUUUUCACUAACUACACUCUACAAGUGAACUCCUUGCCUGGGCUGGUCAGAAAAUCCCUUGGGGAACUGUAAUGACUAUUCCAUUUUUGAUUAAAAUAGUGAAAUAGUCUCCAUAAUUUUGGACGAUGAAGUGAGUUUUUCAAAGAAUUCCAUAUUUAAAGACACAUUUUAUUUAACUAAUAACAAAAUGGAUUGCUUUUGUAUAUAUUUAGUUUUCACACUUGGAAAAUCUUUUCCUACAUCCUCGCAAACAUAACCUCCUGUGUGAGUGAAAUACCUGUAUGGAGCUCUGCCAUGUGUUUGUGGUGUUAUUAUUUUCACCUCAAGUAGAAAGUCUGUUGAAACCACUUGGCUGCUGGAUUUAAAUGGGUAAUCAAAUUUAAAAAUGACCAUAAAUGAAUCUUUGCAAUUUGUUUUCUACCUACCUGUUAUUCAGAGUUGGAUAUAAAAUACAGUUCAUAGGAUAUCCUAA